AUGAUUUCUAUCAAAGACUCCAUGAAAGUUAGUGCAAAACCAUAUAUCGUCAAAGUUCAAUCCAAAACCAAAGGUCCACUGAUGCCUUGCUACCAAUCACGACUGCCAAUCGCAGAUGCCAAAUAUAUUGAUCUCAUGAAACUUUGUAAAGAUAAAGUAAUACCUGCUCCAUUCCAUCAUGAAUACUCCAUUAUCCCAAAGGCUACUAAUGCAAAAGAUACCUUGCCUGAACUAGAUAUUGAAGAUGAUCAAUAA